AUGGCAAAGGACAGAGACGUCCUGGCGGACGAGUAUGGCUAUCACACGUACGAGAUGGAUAAAUACAGCUUCUAAUACACUACAGUGUGAAACCCAUCAACUAUGCCAUCUCCCUCACCGACCUCAAGCCUGGCGAGCCUUGGACCUACCAAGGCAAGACCGACAUCGAAGUCGAAAUCAAGAAGCCGAUCAAGUCGAUAACGCUGAACACUCACGAGCUGAAAGUGCACAAUGCUGAGGUCGUUGUCGACUCUGGCAAACACUCCUCCUCGCUCAAGGCCUCCGACAUCUCCCACGAUGCGAAGAAUCAGCGAUGCACCUUCUCCUUCGAUCAAGAGCUGCCACAGUCGUCCAAGGCCGUACUUUCAGUGGCUUUUGAAGGCAUUAUGAACAACCACAUGGCGGGCUUCUAUCGGUCCAAAUAUAAGCCUGCUGCAGAGCCGGCUAAGGGCGUUGCGAAGGACAAUGAGAACCACUAUAUGUUCUCAACUCAAUUCGAGAGCUCCGAUGCGCGCCGUGCGUUCCCUUGUUUCGACGAGCCCAACCUCAAGGCUACGUUCGAUUUCGAAAUUGAGAUUCCGGAAGACCUCGUGGCUCUGAGUAACAUGCCAGAGAAGCGAUCGCGCAAGAGCAAGGACGGUCACAAGAUCGUUAGCUUUGACCGCACGCCGGUCAUGUCGACGUAUCUGCUUGCUUGGGCUUUUGGCGACUUCGUGAGUACCGUAAGUGCGGAGUCGAAAGGCACAUUGCUGAUAUGCGCUAGGAAUACAUUGAGGAUUUCACUAGGCGAAAGUACAACGGCCAGAGCCUGCCUGUUCGCGUGUACACCACCCGAGGUCUCAAGCAACAAGGCCAGCUUGCUUUGGAGAGCGCCCACCAAAUUGUCGACUACUUCUCGGAGGUCAGGAGCCCACAAAAGCAUAUCUUGGAACGCAAUGCUAAUUGGUCAUAGAUCUUUGACAUCGAUUACCCCUUACCAAAAGUUGAUCUGCUUGCAGUCCAUGAAUUUGUAAGUUUCCUUCAACUCCGCUCUCAUUUUCGCGACAUCAUCUCGAGCGACUGACGGAUGCUCGUCAGCCGAUUAUACGUCUUCCGUCUGCCACGCUGUUCUACGGAUUCAACAAGCUGAUCGCAGUUUCUAGUCGCACGGUGCCAUGGAGAACUGGGGUCUUAUUACUUAUCGAACGACCGCAGUGCUUUUCGAUGAGUACGCCUCUGACCAGAAGUAUCGCAACCGAGUCGUUUACGUUGUGGCCCAUGAGCUCGCACAUCAAUGGUUCGGAAAUCUUGUCACAAUGGACUGGUGGAAUGAGCUUUGGCUCAACGAGGGUAUGUUGUUCCUUCCAAUCAUUCCUCUUCUGUGCUAAUGGUCGUCAGGAUUUGCGACUUGGGUUGGCUGGUAUGCGGUCGAUCAUCUACACCCAGACUGGAAUGUUUGGGGGCAGUUCGUCACGGACAGCAUGCAAAUGGCGUUCCAAUUGGACAGCCUGCGAACCAGCCAUCCGAUCGAAGUACCUGUGCGCAACGCCCUCGAGGUCGACCAGAUCUUCGACCACAUCAGCUACUUGAAAGGCUCCUCGGUCAUUCGCAUGCUCGCCUCUCACCUAGGCGUCAAGACAUUUCUCAAGGGUGUCUCGGACUACCUCAAAGCUCAUACCUACGCCAACGCAACUACUAACGAUCUCUGGUCUGCUCUUAGCAAGGCUUCGGGUCAGGAUGUGACUACAUUCAUGGACCCGUGGAUUCGAAAGAUUGGAUUUCCCGUGGUGACAGUAGCGGAGGAGCCUGGCCAGAUUAGUGUCAAGCAGUCCCGCUUCCUGACCGCAGGAGAGGUCAAGCCAGAGGAAGACGAGACCGUUUGGUGGAUUCCACUCGGUCUGAAGACAGGACCGCAGGCCACCGACGCCCAACGCGAGCCACUGACGACCAAAGAGGACACCUACCGCGACAUUGACACAAGUUUCUACAAAGUCAACUCAGACCAGACUGGGUUUUACCGGACAAAUCUCCCACCCGCGCGCCUCGAGCACCUCAGCAAGCAUUUGGACAAGUUGUCUGUACAGGACAAGAUUGGUCUUAUAGGUGACGCUGCCGCUAUGGCAGUAGCCGGCGAGGGCACUACCCCAGCCGUCCUUUCAUUCUUAGAGGGCUUUGUAACCGAGACAAACUAUCUGGUCUGGAGCGAAGUGCUGGCCACACUAGGCAAAAUUCGACGAGUCUUCUCGUCUGACCCUCAGGUCUCCGAAGGGCUGCGCAACUUCACGCUCAAGCUGGUUACCAAAGCCACCGAUCAAAUUGGCUGGGAGUUCAAACCCCAAGACGACUACCUUACGGGCCAGCUCCGAUCACUGCUCAUCACCACGGCUGGACUCAACGGUCAUCAAGAAGUGAUAGGAGAAGCCCAAAAGCGCUUCCAAGCAUUCCUUAGCGGAGAUGCAAAGGCCAUCAAUCAGAAUCUGAGAGCUGCCGUCUUCAAAAUCUCUAUCAAGAACGGAGGUCCCGACGCAUACAAAGCUGUUCAGAAAGAAUACCUCCAAACCAAGUCUAUUGAUGGCAAAGAGAUCACGCUUCAGUCCAUGGGCCAGGUACAGACGCCUGAACUGGCCAAGGACUAUCUCACCUUUGCAUUCGAUGGGAAUGUUGCAAUUCAAGACCUUCACUCUGUCGGCCAGGCAAUCGCGAACAACUCGAAGUUGCGUGAUACGCUAUGGGCUUACAUCAAGCAAGAGUGGCCGAUGAUUCGGGAGAAGCUCGGCGGCAACAUGGUUGUGCUGGAGCGCUUCCUCCGAACAGGAUUGCAGCGGUUUGCCAGCGCGGAAGUGGAGAAGGACAUUGAGGCCUUUUUCAAGGACAAGGACAACACUGGCUACGACCGAGGCCUCGCCGUCGUCAGCGACACGAUCAAGGGCAAUGCCCGCUACGGAGAGCGCGACCUUGAGGUUGUCCGCGAGUGGCUGAGCGCACACGGGUACUCGAAGUGA